GUCUAGGACACUACCCUAGUAUUGUCACCUCCUGGGCACGCAGAAGAACUAGAGCUGAUCUAGGCCUGGGGGUGGUUGCCCCUUCACUUCAGUGCUUACCCAGCCUUUAUCUGCGCUUUUAUGCCAUUCGCAGCAUGGCUUUCAUGAAGUACUCUCGAGAGUGGCUUAUAAAAGAUUUCAAAAAGCUGAGCGAUUCCCAGCAAUCGCUGCCCUUCAAGCUGGGCGCUCAUGUAUGGCGGCUUGAGUUGUACCCCCAUCAAAUUGAGGAGCCACACACGCACCUGUCCGUGUUUCUGCGUUCCCUUGUGGAUGUCGACGGCACCGCCGUGCCGCCAAUGCCGCCGACCAAGUCCAACAUCACUGUGCAAAACUGGUUGAACCCCGAAAACUCCUUCUGCACAGAAGAUGAUUCACCCAGCGUAUUCGCACCGGGGCAGGCCCUGGGCUGGAGGCGGUUGUUACCCCUGAGUAGACUGGCGUCCGGCUUCCUGCGCGCUCGUGACGCCGCGCUGCUCGUCCCAGCAGCAGCUAUCCGGCUGCCAUCAGCAGCAGCAGCUGCAGCAGGCCGCAGAGCGGCGGCGCGCAAGCUGCUGCCUGCACCACCGCUGGUGGCGUGUGUGCGGACCUCCUGGCGCUGCUGGAUGGACGACCCCGGCCCCACCUGUGACCUCACCAUCAUUGCAACAGCAGCAGCGGCGGCGGGCGCGGCGGAAGGGGACAGCGGUGGAGGUGGCAGCGGCGCAGGAACGCAGGGUGAGACGACUGGAGGCAAGGCUACCGGCAGCGAGGGGCAAAAAAAGCGGAAGCGGGGGGCGCUGACGGCGGCUGCAACUGUGACUGCUGCGGGUGCGGGCGCUGCUGCAGCGGCUGGGGGUGCUGGGUGCACGCGCAGCUUCGCCGUGCACCGCGCCAUCCUGGCCGCGCGCUGCCCCUACUUCGCCACGCACUUCGCCAGCGGGCUCGGCGACAGCAACACGUGCGAGCUGCACAUGCCGGACACCGACCCGGACGCGCUGGCGGCGCUGCUGCGCUUCAUGUACGGCGGGGAGCUUCGUGUGGCUUCCCGGGAGCAGGCGCGCAGCUGCCUGGAGUUGGCGGACCGGCUGCUGCUGCCCACGGCGGUGGGGCUGCUGCGAGACCACCUGCUGUCGACCCUGUCCACGGCGGCGGUCGUGGCGGACCUUGUGUGGGCGGCGUGCCUGGCGGAGGGUCAGGGGCAGGAGGAGCUGCUGACGGGGCUUGUGGACUACGCCGCGGAGCAGGAGGCGGACAUGCCUGAGGAGCAGGUGGCGCAGCUAGCUGCCGCGCACCCAGUCCUCAUGGCGCAGCUCUUUAGGGCGCGGGUGCGGGCGGCCAAGCGGCUGUGCACAGCUUCAAGUUAGUGUAGCUGUUGACCGGCACGCAGAUGCAGGCUGUAUCUGAGAUGGGACAUGGUGGCAUGUAGCACCAGGGGAGGGAGCACCUCCCCUGUUUAGCACAGGGCACGGGGGGCUGGCUGCCACUGAUGAUGAGCUGGCCUGGGCUUUGAGGCGACACCAUGCAUGUAGACACCGGCAGAGUGGGCUCGGAGACUACCGGCCUUGCCAGUCGCUUGAACUGGUCGGACAUUUUCCUGCUGGGGCAUUGAAGGUGGCCCGCCCGGGCCAGCCCAUCUUGGUUGCGCGGGUGAACCUGCCGUGUAGUCUUGAACGCUGCGCUUAAUCGUAGUCGUGUCGGCUGACGCGCCCCGGGCGCCCCGGCAUCUGGGCUUUGCCUGACCGCGCGGAAGGGGGACAACUGGCGGGACACGGCAGAUCGGCGGGCAGGCAACAGCUGUCAAAUUUCUUCUUUCUUAUGCACUGCGGUAGCAUACAUGUAAAUCCCGUUAUGU